ACCCUKRCACAGCUUGUCUCAACAUUUGUUUUGCACGUCUUUGAGUCUGUUGAAGGAACCAUUCUGCCAGAGAAAUUGAAAACUACGCGGAUUUUUAAAAGUACUUUUUUUACGUCUACAAGGAUAAGGUCAAUUAUAAAGGCAAUGGAUAUCCUUGGUGGACGUUUGGUCAUUUUGGCCUCGCUACCAUUGACUAUAGUUUCCUCACAACUAAUGCCACUUGGAAACUUCUUAAAACAUCCGGGCGAGUUUCUAAAUGGACACUUGAUGAAGACCAUCACAGCUAAUCGAAUAGAUUGUUCGAUGGCAUGUGCAAAUCUGUUUGGAUGUCGUUCUGUUAAUAUUUAUAAAUAUAUCAAUGGAACAGAAAUGUGCGAAUUGAACGACUCGUCUAAGUCAGCCCAUCCUGGAUCAAUGGUCUCUAGGGCAGGAUACGACCAUUACGAACUCACGUCAAGAAACGGUUGCAGCACAGAAAUAUGUCUGGGAUCAAAGGAGUGGAAGACUUUUAACUCUUCUCAAUUCCGGCUGUUUGAAGACCGAGUGACCUGGAGUGAGGCCAGACACAAAUGUCGAGCACACAAUGGAGACCUGGUAUCGAUUCAUAGUCAACAAGAGCAGGACUUCAUAUCAAACAAACUUCUCAAUAAUGCGUCAAGAGGAAAUUCUACGAAUACCUUAUUAAUAAUGCUUUGGAAACUAGAUGGAAUCUCAGACGUUGCUUUAAGCCUCCACGGAGAUGCAGUAAUCAAGGAUGUCGAUGGAUACAAAGCCCUGUACCUUGAUGGAAACAGUCAGAACUAUGCAACCACAAAACAAAUGAAACUCAUACAGCGAGGUUUCACUAUCGGAGCCUGGGUCAAACUAUUAACACCUGCUUCUGAGGGCUUGCUCUACGGGGACUGGUCUGCACCUUUCCAAUUCGCCUUAAAGAUCGACAAGGAGGGAAAAGUCCACUUCAAAUUGAUGUUUGAUUCUACAAAUACCACAACGUUAACGGCCAAGAGAUCAGUCCAUUUCGAUGUUUGGAAUCAUAUCCUUGUUUCAUGGUCAUAUCGAGAUAGGAUCACGACCAUUUUCAUCGAUGGAAAGCAAGAGGCGACAAACGUUUUGAACAUGGAGCACGCAACUCUUAUGCCCACGAACCAUCAAUAUGAUAUAGGACUGGACAGAAAUGAAAGUAAAGUGCUUCACGCUUAUAUAAGAGAGCUGACUGUUUUCUCUUGGCCAGCCAUAACAACUGAGAGAGUACUGGUUCGAAUAGGUCGAUUUGAGAAACUUGAUGCUGUAUGGACAGGAUUGAACGAUCUCUCCCAAGAAAAGACAUUCAUCUUUAGUGACGGGUCCCCUUUGUCAUUCACGCACUGGAGCACUGGAUACCCAAAAAACGGAUUCAAGUCAUCAGACUGCGUUUUGUUCUCAUUGGAGACUGGUUUGAACCAUAAGUGGUUGGACGGUUCGUGUGGAUUCGAACUUCCUUAUAUUUGCAGAAGAAAAAUGAACUAGUUGACAAUUGC